GAUGUCAAUGUAAGGGGUGGUUAUGAUGUUUCUUAAAUUAUUUUUUUUAAAUCUAUAAAUAAAUGAAUACUUUUUUUUCUUGCGUUAAAAACCUUAACUAUGAAAGAAAAAUGGAAUUUUAUUUUAUACCUUGUUUGGUAUUCAUAUCUUACACUAUCGGCUGUUCUUAUGUUUGGGCAGGGGUUUUUACUAUCUCGUAAGACCCUGAAUGAUAUAUCAGAAUGCGUGCCUUUAGAGAGUUUUGGGUGUGAUGGUCGUCAGAACUCCAGUGAGAAAUUUUCGUGUACCGAAAGCAGUAAAAUUCAACGAAUUUUAACAAAUUCCGGUUCGCCAAUUGUAUGCACUACUAAGAGUCAUAGAGUGGUAUUUGUGUUAGUGGAUGCACUGCGAUAUGAUUUUACGGAAUACAAUGAAGAGAAUGAGAAGCCUUUGUAUUAUCAAAAUCGACUGCCAGUUAUUCAAAAGACGAUUGAGCGGUACCCAGAACGCGCGCGAAUUUUUCGUUUUAUGGCAGACCCACCGACAACAACACUUCAACGAAUAAAGACGCUUGUUACGGGCUCAUUACCAACCUUUGUAGAUGUCAGUUCAAACUUUGCUGCUAUUGAAAUACAGGAAGAUAAUGUAAUUGACCAGGCACUUAAAGGAGGUAGUGAGGCUAUAUUGUUAGGAGAUGACACAUGGAUGCGUUUAAUUCCUGGUAGAUGGUUACGCUCUCAUGCUUUGUAUUCAUUUCACACUUGGGAUUUAGACACUGUUGACAAUGAAGUGGAUUCUAAAAUCUAUGAUGAACUGAAGAGGAAUGAUUGGGAUCUCCUUGUAGCUCAUUAUCUAGGAGUGGACCAUGCGGGUCAUCGCUAUGGUCCAAACCAUCCAGAAAUGGCAAGAAAGUUGAGUGAAACUAAUGUGAGACUAGAGAAAAUUAUUGAAUCAUUGCCAUCUGAUGUCAUACUUUAUGUUGUAGGUGACCAUGGCAUGACGGAAACAGACUCACAAGAAUGGAAAGAUUCGGAGGGUGAUCAUGGUGGUGACAGUAAAGCUGAACGCACAGCCGCAUUAUUUGCCUAUCACAGUUCUGGGUUCAGUGGAGACGAAGCAGACAGACUUUCUGGAAAAGAAGUACAACAAACAGAUUUCGCACCAACACUAAGUGCUGCUUUAGGAAGACCUCCACCUGCUCCGUCUCUAGGGAACUUACUGUUUCCUAUUCUACCUAAGAUGCCUAUCGCUCAUACAUUGUUGCAUUUGAGCAACAACUUAAAACAGGUUACCCAAUAUUUAGUUAGAUAUGGAGAGGAGUCUCAACAAAUUUCACUCGAUAGGCUUGCUCAAUUGAUUAACGUGACUAGAGAUCACAUUGAGAAGGCAGCAAGUGUAGAAACUGAAGCAGAAUUGAAAUUGUAUAUUUCAGAUGUUAGAGUAUUAAUGGACAACAUUCGCAGCAUAUUUAGAGAAGUUUGGGUUGAGUUUGAUUCUCUUUCAAUGCUCAGAGCACUUCUUCUGUUACUUCUUACAGUUUUCUUUAAUUGGAUUAUCACUGAAGGCAUUCCAGCUGAGCGUAUUCCACACGUUUUCGCUAGUUCAUUUGUCCCUAGUGGACUUAUAUCAAUGGCUGUUUGCGUAGGAAUUUGUUAUACUGGAUAUUAUUUGGAAAUUGUUGAAGAUUUAGGGCAUGCGAUAAUUUUAAGCACGGGCCUAAUAUCAGGGGCGAUAACAUGCGUGCUAGUUAUAAUGCAUUGGGAUGGUAUCACGCAAAGGUGGUACGAAGGACGUUCUCAGUUUUAUGAACGUUUCGCUAGAGUCGCUUUAUUUGCAUCGGCAGCGAUUUUAGUAUCAAACAGCUACAUAAUAGAGGAAGGAGCUACUUUAUCCUUCCUCUCAUUAACAAUAUUAGGAUUGAUGUCUUGGAGUAUUGGCAAUAUAAAAUCGUUGGUUCUGUGGGCUGGUUUUGGUGUUGUUAUGGCAUUGACUAGAUCCUAUCGAGGAUGUCGGGAAGAGCAAGGUGAUUGUUGGACGGCUGGGGAGGGUGUAGCGACGGGAAAUGCCUCUAGAGCUGCAUUAGUCAUCGCGUUGGGAUCAGUAGCUGCAGUAGUAGCUAUUGCAAGACGUCAUGUGGAAUGGAGGGGUUACGGGAUAGUUAUUGCUAGUAUUUUCACAUGCGCUCAUUGGGCAGUCGGAUGGGGCUCGUUAGGUUCUCCAAGCAGAUCGAAAAUGCUAGCUAGAGGGGCGUGGCUAGUAAUAGUUACUAUGUUUGCUCUUCUCUGGAGAAAAGACGGCAGAGGAGCUACUUUACCACUGGUCGUGUCUGGGUUGCUAUUUUAUUUGGCAAAUGCUCUAGUUUUAGGGGCGUCGCUUGCGCCAACCGCCGGUUUGGCUCUUCUCUCAGGAUUUUUAGCCUUGAACAUCGUUUCAAUGUUGAAGAAUGAAGGCUCAAUUAAAUUCUCGUUAACAACGAGAUGUAACUCGAGCAUGGCGUGUCUAUGGGCGUUGUUGGGCUCGUACCAUUUCUAUGGCACGGGCCAUCACGCGACUUUGAGCAACGUACGAUGGGCCGCUGUAUUCCACGCCGGGGAUCCGAACUAUUCUUCCUUCGGGACUAUCAUUUCUAUUACUUUGAUGUUUAUUUAUUUAUUUGGAAUGCCUUUAUUAUUCGGUGCAACUUUACCUCUACUGGCGCUAUGGGGACGUAAUGGUGCUUCCACACUGGGGCCUCGGACGCAACUUGCCGCGGUGUUCUCCCUAUGUCUCAAAUUUGCGCUUUGUUAUGCUAUUAGAGUGUUUGCGUGUGCGUUAUCAGCUACAAUCCACUGCCGACAUCUUAUGAUUUGGGGUGUGUUCACACCAAAGCUAAUGUUCGAAAUCGGAUCUUGUGCUGCUGCUCUCCUUGGAACCCUCAUUGGAGCAACACUAACAGCUUGGCACAUACCGAACCAGACAAGAUCGAGUUGACACAAGUGAUUUAACACUUGUUAAAUUAACUCUUAUAAUGGUUUGUUUAGAAAUUUUAUGUAGAGUAAAACUAGUAUGAGAAUUUUGUAUGAAAAUUUCUUGAUUUGUGACGUGGUUCACAAACAGUUUUAAACUAGUUUGACUGUAGAUAGUGCUCUUAUAAUUCCAGAGGUACAAUAUUUACACAUUUAAGUGUAAAGAAAAACCGAUGUAUUAUCAUAUUUUCUACAUGUUCGUUUAUGAAAUAAUAACCAGAAAAAGUACGGUACUUAAUGCGAGGGCAUUAAGUACCAUAGACAAACCAUUUUUUUUUCACUAUAUUGUACCAUAAUAAUUUAAUUAUAAGGGUCUUAUUAAAAACUAAAUUAAAAUAAAUUAAAAUAUGUCCAUAAAUAUUAUUGUCAUUGUUUCUGUUGAAACUCAUGUUAUAAAAUGUUAUCCUAAUUGGAUAUGACGAACCAGUAUUCUAUUAAAUAUUUAUCAUUAAAGGCCUUUUCGGACUUGGUUUUUGUUUUAUAAUAAUUAACCAAAGGGCAAAAAGUAUUUUUAUUAGUAUUUUAUAUAAGGGAUAUUAUAAUAUUUAUGUCAUUUUGAUUUUUACUUCAUAGACUGCACGAGAUUAUUAAUUUUAAUGUUAUGAAAUUGUCUAUCAGAUAUAUGAAUUUUUAUCUAUGUUAUUAUUUAUUUUACAGUAUAAAAAAUUAAGUUUACUUUCAUUGUUAAUUCUAUCUGAAAACGGCUGGCUAAUAAUUUAAAUAAUACAAAGAAUAUAAAUAAAUCGCAAGUGUGAUUUAGAUUUUGUACAAAUUUGUUAUUCAAACCUAGCUUGCCAAAUAAUCUAUGCAGUAUGUUGGCCAUGAUUUUCAAAUAUUGUACUGUUGAAAACCUAUUUAUAAGACCAUUCUAAUAAUAUUGACCAAUUUCUUCAUAAUCUUAUAAAUAAUAUAAUGGUUCGUUGUGCACUGAAAUUUCUGUUAAAUUUGCAAGUCUCGAAAAUAUUAGGAUCUAUUGUAACCUAAUCCAGUUGACAGCUCAAAAAUUGACAAUAUCUCUUUGAUGGAGAUGCAUCUAAAGACCGAGACUUGUAUGUUAAGAGAACUCUUAUAUGCCACAAUUUUUAUUUUAAAAUUGUUUUAAAUUUAUAUAAUGAUCUUAUUUUUUAGGUUUUACUUAAAUUUUACUCGAUAUUUUUUGAUUCAUCUCGCAGACAUUUUAUUUGAUUAUUGUAUAAACAUCACAUUUGGUUUGUUGAAAUGUCUUGUUUGUAGGCUCUAAAUAAUAUCAACGCAUAUAAAUAAGGUAGCGCUUAGUGUUAUGAAUUAUACCAACACUGCCAUGUUUUAAAGCUUUUUCAACAGAAUUAUAACAAGGUUGUUAUUUUAUAAUUUUAAAUAUUUAUAUUAUUGUUAUGACAUCUUAUUCAUAGUAGUUAUAGUGAAUUUAUUUAUAUUGUACAAUGUACGAUAAAAGUAAAUAAA